AUGCAAUUGUGUCCCAAGGAGGUGCGUGAUUCGCCCGAGUCAUUACUGGGCGCGGCCCUUGACAAGCUUGUCAUUUCGCAGCUCGGCCUGCUCGCCCAGCGCCGCCUGGCAAGAGGCGUGAAGCUGAACCAGAGUGAAGCAACUGUGAGCACCACCACCAACUUCCGCACGUACUUGAUCGAGCCAGGCCGGUUGACGAAUUACAGGCGCUCAUUGCGAACAACCUCCAAGAAGUACGGCAGCCACACACCCACCCAUCUACCUACUCACCUUAUCCGCGAUGGCAACCACUCCGUCGCCGACCUCAUGGCCAUUGGCAAGACCAUGCUUGGCCGCCGCCACGUCCAGCCCCCCGUGGUUGCAGGGCUCGCCGAGCUGAUGGUCGAAGGCACCUUCCCCACCGGCACCUACCUCGUAACCGUCCACCACCCCAUCUCGACCGACGAUGGCGACCUCGACAAGGCCCUCUACGGCUCGUUCCUGCCUGCUCCGUCCAACGACAUGUUCCCCCUUCCCGACGCGAGCGUGUACGAGUACGAGAAGCAGCCCGGCGCCAUCAUAGCCGUCAAAGGGGAGGCUGGCGUCAUCACGCUCAACGAGGGGCGCAAGCGCAUCAGGCUCAGAGUCAAGAGCACGGGAGACCGGCCGGUCCAGGUAGGCUCGCAUUACCACUUCAUCGAGACCAAUCCUCAACUGUCUUUCGACCGCGUCCGCGCCCACGGCUUCCGCCUCGACAUCCCCGCCGGCACCUCGGUACGCUUCGAGCCUGGCGACAUCAAGACAGUCACGCUGGUCCAGAUUGCCGGGAACCAGGUCAUCAAGGGGGGAAACCGAAUCGCCUCAGGCCACAUCCACGACACAAGCGUCGCCCAUGGCAUCGUGGAGAGACUGACCGCCGGAGGUUUCCUCCACGCACCCGAACCAGCUGGCGACGCCGCACACGUUGACAUGUGCACCAUGGACCGCCAAGCUUACAUCAGCAUGUUUGGCCCUACGACGGGAGACUUGGUGAGAUUGGGCGCUACAGAUCUCUGGGUCAAGGUCGAGAGGGACCUCACAACGUACGGAGACGAAUGCGCGUUUGGUGGAGGCAAGACGCUUAGAGAAGGAAUGGGUCAGGCUGGAGGCCGAUCUGACAACGAAGUCCUCGAUACUGUCAUUACAAACGCUCUGAUUGUCGACUGGUCCGGCAUCUACAAAGCUGACAUUGGCAUCAAGGACGGCAUCGUUGUUGGCAUCGGCAAAGCUGGUAACCCAGAUGUCAUGCAAGGUGUCGAUCCCAACAUGGUCGUUGGAUCCUGCACAGAUGUGAUUGCAGCCGAGCAUAAGAUUGUCACCGCGGGCGGUUUCGACACCCACAUCCACUUCAUCUGUCCACAACAGGCACAUGAGGCGAUCGCAUCGGGUAUUACCACAGUGCUUGGCGGCGGUACCGGGCCAAGUACUGGGACAAACGCCACAACUUGCACGCCAGGCAAGACUCACAUCAGGCAAAUGCUGCAGGCUGUGGAUAAGCUACCCUUGAACUAUGGCAUCACCGGCAAAGGCAACGACGCAGAGGUGCGACCUCUACAGCAACAGGCUGAAGCUGGCGUCUGCGGCUUGAAACUGCACGAGGACUGGGGAACUACGCCGGCGGCCAUCGAUGCAUGCUUGACCGUCUGUGACGAGUACGACAUCCAGACUCUGAUUCACACAGACACCCUCAACGAGUCUGGCUUCGUCGAGCAAACAGUUGGCGCAUUCAAGAACAGGGUCAUCCAUACCUACCACACUGAAGGUGCAGGAGGAGGUCACGCCCCAGAUAUCAUUAGUGUCGUUGAACACGACAAUGUUCUCCCUUCAUCGACCAACCCUACUCGACCAUACACACGCAACACCCUGGAUGAGCAUCUGGAUAUGCUGAUGGUAUGCCACCACUUGUCCAAAAACAUUCCUGAAGACGUAGCAUUUGCCGAAUCACGUAUACGCGCCGAGACCAUCGCCGCUGAAGACGUCCUGCAUGACAUUGGUGCCAUCUCGAUGAUGUCUUCCGACUCACAAGCCAUGGGACGAUGCGGUGAGGUCAUUCUCCGCACCUGGAACACAGCGCACAAGAACAAGGUCCAACGUGGUUAUCUCAAAGAGGACGAAGGCACAGGUGCGGACAACUUCAGGGUGAAAAGGUACAUAAGCAAAUAUACCAUCAACCCGGCUAUCGCUCAAGGAAUGGGUCACAUUAUCGGGAGCAUUGAGGUCGGCAAACUCGCGGAUUUAGUGUUGUGGCGGCCGGCAAACUUUGGUGUCAAACCCGCGUUGGUUGUUAAGAGUGGAUUUUGUUCUUAUGCACAGAUGGGCGACCCCAACGCUUCGAUUCCCACCGUAGAGCCCAUCAUUAUGCGACCCAUGUUCGCCCCCUUGGUGCCUUCCUCCAGCAUCACCUUCGUCUCCAAAGCAUCCAUUGACUCCGGAGUCAUCCAGUCCUAUGGUCUGAGGAAGCGUGUCGAAGCCGUCAAGAAUUGCAGAACUAUCGGCAAGCGGGACAUGAAGUACAAUGACUUGCGCCCGAAGAUGAAGGUUGACCCCGAGACGUAUAGAGUCGAGGCCGAUGGGAUGCAUUGUACCGCUGAGCCAAGUGAAGAGCUGCCGUUGACACAGGGAUAUUUUGUAUACUAA